AUGUUCCAAGCAGAAAAAAUGGCUGGUGUUGCUCAUUUUGAUAGCGAUUUGUCGAAGAAUUCCACGUUAAUAGUUUCUUCACCCAACGGAUUACUCUCAAUAAUCAAGCACAAUAAAAUCGAGCACAUUAAGUUCGAUAUCGAACAAAAAAACGUAGUAAUAUAUCCGGAUGGUGAUGAACUGUUCACGACCUCCGACGAAGAGCAGGGCUUGCGCGUAUGGGAUUUAGAAUCAAAGAAGAUUGUUUUCAGCUAUCCCAGAGACAGCUUAAAACACCAUAUCUACAUGCAACACAAUAACAUAGCAGCCCUAACGAGUCUGGGAAUAAAAUUCUAUGAUUUGAGAAUGAGGUACUCGUAUAAUUUUUACGAAAAUAAAAAUAUCACCCAACUGGACUACAACAAUGGCCUGUAUUUUGCUGUGGAUUAUAAUGUUUUCGCGUACCAGAACAACGAUAGAGUUCCAAUAUACAGCUCAGAAACGAGAAUCAAGGAUUUACACGAUGGAGUUGUCCUUACUACCGACCAUUUGUAUUUUAUUGACGAACAGGUAUCCAAGAGUCAUUGUGCUGACCGGAUAGCGCCUUUGCAUCAUGAAUUUAAAGGACAAAAAAUACUUGCAAGCACGGUGGAAAACAAUCUUGUUAAUUGGAUUGGUUAUAACCAUCAGUUUAAAGAAAGAUUCAAGCAAUUGGAUAGAAUCGACCAAGCAAUAAGUAACGAGGAUGUUUUUUACAUCUUUGGCAAUAAAGAAUUGUACAACGUUAGUUUUGAUAUGUAG